CAGCCAUCGUGAAGUGAUGAUCAGUCACACGACAAGCUGCUGCACUCUGCUUCUCUGGAUCCAGCUGAUUAUUUUCCACCCUCGCCUGGUUUCCUCUCUUCUUAUCUUCCUCACCUUGUUUUAGUGAACAUUUCUUGUCGCCUCUCAUUACACCAAAGCAGCAGGAUUGUUUUUUUUGGUAGAGAAUAAAACAACGGCAGAUGUUUGAGGAGGAGCUGAAUUUCUCCUGGAAAGACUGAAAGAUGAUAAAGGGAAGAAUAUACACAAGUUAGACAUUGUUAUCAUUUCUGAUUGAGGAUGUUUCAAAGCCACAUGUGCUGAGCUUUAAGACUUUUUACAAGAAAGAGAAGAAGAUCUAAGCCAAAGGAGGUGGAAGAAGUCAACAUGAACUCCACAGCUCAGCAAGGAUUGAUCCCUGGCUACCUGAACAGGAGUCUCUGCUCUGGAACUCUGGCAGACAAAGACUUAUCUGGAGAGGAGAAGGAUUCCUCUGCUGGAUGCUACGAACAGCUGCUGAUUUCCACUGAGGUGUUCCUUACUCUAGGCAUCAUCAGCCUGUUGGAGAACAUCCUGGUGGUUGCUGCCAUCAUCAAAAACAAGAACCUUCACUCCCCGAUGUACUUCUUCAUCUGCAGCCUUGCUGUUGCGGACAUGCUCGUUAGUGUCUCCAACGCCUCAGAGACUAUUGUCAUAGCACUGAUCAAUGGAGGCACCCUGACCAUCCCUGUCACGCUGAUCAAAAGCAUGGACAACGUCUUUGACUCCAUGAUCUGCAGCUCUCUGCUGGCCUCCAUCUGCAGCUUGCUUGCGAUCGCCGUCGACCGCUACAUCACCAUCUUCUACGCACUUCGAUACCACAACAUUGUCACCAUCCGGCGAGCGAUGCUGGUCAUUGGCAGCAUCUGGACGUGUUGCACCGUCUCUGGCAUCUUGUUCAUUAUCUACUCAGAGAGCACCACUGUGCUCAUCUGCCUCAUCACCAUGUUUUUCACCAUGCUGGUCCUCAUGGCGUCGUUGUACGUGCAUAUGUUCCUCCUGGCCCGCCUGCACAUGAAGCGCAUUGCGGCCCUGCCGGGCAACGCGCCCAUCCAGCAGCGAGCCAACAUGAAAGGUGCCAUUACCCUCACCAUCCUGCUUGGGGUGUUUGUGGUGUGCUGGGCACCCUUCUUUCUGCACCUCAUCCUCAUGAUCACUUGCCCCAGGAACCCCUACUGCACCUGCUUCAUGUCCCAUUUCAACAUGUACCUCAUCCUCAUCAUGUGCAACUCUGUCAUUGACCCCAUCAUCUACGCUUUUCGCAGCCAGGAGAUGAGGAAGACCUUCAAAGAGAUUUUCUGCUGCUCGCAGGCUCUCUUGUGUCUUAGCUUCCUGUAAGGAGCUCCAAGAGAGCGACGAGAUUCCCUUCAGGUAUUUCUGCUGUAGUCAGUGUCCAGUGCUGUGCUCCAGGUCUGCUGUAAAUGAUCGACAAAGUAAAUGCUUAUAAGUGAGACGGGCUUGCAGUAACAUAGAGCAUAUAUCUGUGGAUGCUGCUGUUAUUCUGCAGUAACUAUCUGUUAAGUGUUCUAUGAAUGUAAAGACUGGAAUGGUAGUUUUCCAGCAUCACAGUUGGAAAAAGACAUUGUAUAUGUUAUAUUUAAAGCACAUUAGACAGCUAGGAAUGAGAUGAAGAUUUAACUUUGUGUGAGAGAAUAAUCCUCUGUAAAACUGAAAACAUUGCACAUCGUUUGAUUACUUUAAAAUGAGAGCAAUGUGAUGAGAAUGGAAAGAAGACAUCACCUUAUAAGGAGAUCAAAACAUUGCCUUAUAAGGAGAUCAAAACAUUGCCUUAUAAGGUGGUCACAACAUUCCAUUAUAAAAAAAAUACCCUGAAACAUUACCUUAUAAGGCGAUCUUAGAAUUGGUUCAUAAUUUUGAUUUGAUUAUAAAAUUAGUCUUUGCUUUCAUCAUAAUAAUCCCUUAUAGGUUAAAAAGGCAAUCAUAACAUUGCCUAACAAGGUAAUCACCAAUAUAACCUGUAAAGUAAUCAUCAUUCAUUUUCUAAUUAAGGGCAAUCAUAACUGGGUAAUCCAACAAUCACAACAUUGCCUUAAAAGCCAAUGCCAUCGCUGUAUAAACUAAUCAUACCAUUACUUUCUGAGGCAAUCAGAACAUUGCUUUAUAAGGAGAUAAUAACAUUGCCCCUUAAGGCACCACAACGCUACUCUAUAAGAAGAACUAAACAUUGCCUUUCAUAACAUCAUCAAAACAUUGCCUCAUGUGGAAAUCAAAGCAUUGCCUUGUAAGACGAUCAUAACUUACAAUUAUGAGGUAAUGGUGAUGUUGCAUUGUAUAUAUGGUCAUCAUAUGACCUUAGAAAUAUACAACAUUGAUAGAAAUUACCUUUAUUGUCCCAGAAUAGGGAAAUUCAGGUGUACCAGCAGGCUUGUUGAAGCAUUCAUAUUUGAUAGAGGGGUGAAAGAAGAAAGUAGGAGUGAGACGCUGUAAAUGAAAGGCUGAUUAACAUCAUAAAAAAAAAA